AUUAAACACUUUCCUAUUACACUAAACAUAAACCUCUCUUCUUGCUAAUCCACUUCUUUUUACAGCUAUUAUUAUAAGUCCAUUUAUUUAUACAUAGAUCUUUCUCAUAUCCAUCAUGACCAAGCAAAAGAUAGUGAUCAAGAUGUCUUUGAACGACCAAAAAUCAAGGUCCAGAGCCAUGAAGAUUGCAGUUGGAGUCUCAGGAGUGGAAGGAGCAACUAUACAAGGAGAUAACAAGGAUCAAAUAGAAGUAACUGGAGAAGGGGUGGACUCAGUUAGACUGACAUCUCUGCUAAGAAAGAGAUUUUGUCAUGCAGAAUUGGUGAGUGUUGGUGAUGUGGGAAAGCCAGAGGAAAAGAAAGAAGAAAAAAAAGAUGAAACUAAAGUAGAAGCAAUUGUGGCAUGGCCUUAUAAUUAUAGUGUACCUCAUUACCCUGUGUAUCAAAUAAGGAAUGACCCUUCUUGUUCCAUCAUGUAAAUUAAUGUCAUCAUCAACAAUAUGCAUGCAUACUAAAGAAUGAAAACAGAGGAAAACAUAGAGCUACUAGAGAGUAGAUUUUGGAGUGACAAAACUUCAUUUUUAAGUGAUUGGUUUUGAUUAAAAAUAAAUUAAAUUUCAAGUAAUUGGUAUUUUUGGUUUUGAUUAAAAUUAAAUUAAAUUUCAAGUGAUUAGUAUUUUGAUGUAUUUAUAUAAAAGUGAAUUAUAAAUAUAAAUUUUGGAGGCAAAAAUUCAAACUCUGUAUAA